CGCCGUAGGCGCUACUGAUCAGAAACUCACUUCAGCACUCGAUUCUGAAUGACACCGACACAGAAGCGAACGAGGAAGUGUCGGAGAAUAACAUUGUGACAUCAGAUUUAGAUUAAUUUAACCAACUAAACUCAUAUUUUCAUCUGUUGCAUGUUUGGUUGACAUGGAGACCCCUGAGCCCGGUCAGGCAGAUGGAGAGGAACGGAUGAUGGAGCUGAGACCCAGGACCCGGUCCAAUCCGGAGGGUGCGGAGGACCGGCGUAGCAGCACCGGGAGCCUGAACAACAGCCUGGCGUCCCCACCGCAGCCGGCCGUGGGCAGCCGUGUGGAAGGAGAGGGAGAGGCGGCCAGCACCGAUAGCCCUCCGCCUUCUGCCUCCGCCAUCACAGCCGCUGCACCCGCACCUGUUACUGCAGCAGGAAACUCCACAGCCAGCAUGCCUGCGAUGGCUUCUGCAGUGAAGGAAAGACCCAAACCCCCCCAGCCGUCCAUGAGCACCCAGAUCCCCCCAUCAGCAGAGUUACACCUGCGGGCGCCACGGGUCAACUGCCCAGAGAAAGUGAUCAUCUGUUUGGACCUUUCAGAGGAGAUGUCUUUACAAAAACUGGAGUCGUUUAAUGGAUCCAAGACGAACGCCUUAAAUAUUUCACAGAAGAUGAUUGAGAUGUUUGUGAGAACCAAGCACAAGAUUGAUAAAAGGCAUGAGUUUGCUCUGGUGGUGGUGAAUGAUGAUGCCAUGUGGUUAUCAGGAUUCACGUCUGAUCCGCGAGAGCUGUGCAGCUGUCUUUAUGACCUGGAGACCAACGUCUGCGAGUCCUUCAAUCUGGAAGAUCUCCUUAAUGUAAUUUUGCAGAAAAUUGAACUUCCUCAGAUGGAGAACAUUCAGACCAUCCCACCUCCGUUUGUAGUCCGGACGCUCCUCAUCUUCAGCCGGCAUGCUGGCAUGCUUCAGUUCAACCCCUCUGAUGCUGCCAAAAAAAUGCUGCAGUCUCCCUAUUUCUUCUUUGAUGUUGUUUAUCUUCAUAAUGGAACUGAAGAACAGACAGAAGACACCAGCUGGAAGGACGUGUACGCCUCCUUCAGCGAGCUGGACUCUAAGGGAAUGUGUUAUCGCUUUGAGGUGUCACUGUGUGGUCCUGCAAUCGAGCUGCACAACUGCAUGGCCAAACUGCUGUGCCAUCCACUGCAGAGACCCUUCCAGAGCCACGCGUCGUACAGUCUGCUGGAGGAUGAUGACACGCAAGAGAACGAAGCCACGGUGUGAGAUUGAUCUGACUGAUACACUCCCAAAUUAAGGAGUGACCUGUGAAUAACUGCUUAUAUAUGGCCUUGUCCAUUGUUUCUGUACUGGAAUGCCUCUUUUAUUACUUUUGGAAACUUCAGUGUCUUAAUUUGGCACAGCGGACAUAACCACACUAGCUCAAGACCCUGUUGUGGAAUGAACGCUAAAUCUAUUAGUUUUGAGAAUGUCAGCUAUUAAUAUCCUGGUUUCAAAAAACGUCCCGUUUAGGGAUACAUUAUAUACCCCUCAAACACCUGCUAGUUAUGUGGCGGAGAUUCACAGAUGAGCUCAUGUGACUGAUGGCAUAGACAUUAAAUGACAAGGCAUUUGAACAGAAGACUUUUUCAAGUAAAAAAAAAAAAAACAAUAUUGAGUGGGAA